UUGCCUAAUAAUCGGAGCACAAGAAAGUUGCCUAAUACAAGUACCUCUUUAUGAAAAGCUUUUCGUUUUUUUGAAAUCAAAUCAUGGACAUGUUGUUAGACUUGUUAACUCUGCUGGUUUUUACAUUUUCCGGCUCAGCUUUGGCAGAAGCACCAACAGGUCAAUACGAAGGAAGCGCUAUUUCAGGGCUUGGAGACGACCGAUUGAUAAGUUAUCAGAACAAAGAGAAAAGAAUCGAAUUCGAAUUUGUCAUAAAUCGAAGACGUACCAAAGCGAAGUGUAAAAAGAUAGAUCUCCCACAACAUGGAAUUGAGUUUAAAGGGAAAACUCAUAAAUUUGUCUUUGUUUGCCCCAAUGGGUUGAUGAGAUUCAAAAAUAGGGGGAAGAGGUAUCAAUCAAACCCGCGAAAUUUUGGCACUUUUGGGCGACAAGAUAACGAGAAUUGCUUAGCCCCAUAUUGGUCAGUCGUCGACUUAGAUUUUUUUUUGGACAAAACGUCUAACGUUACCUAUGAUGUGUUUGAAGACAAGGAUAAGUUCAGUGGAUUGUUUAAUGAGGUUUCAGACUAUGGCGAGAAAAUUUUGGGAAAAAGUAAAUAUAGAACCCUGUGGGCGAUGGUUUUCACUUGGCGUGAUCUCAGUCCUCCGCAACCUGGUACCUUUUGCGGGAAAAACACAUUUCAAGUGCUCCUCGCAAACAGCAUAGACAACGAAGCGAUUGCAGUUUUCAUCUAUAAGGAUAUUGAUUGGUCAGUGAAAGCUAACAAAACAGAUUAUCCGAAUUUCCAAGGAACAGGGUCAGAUGGCAGCGAUUUACCUGUGGUUGGAUGGAAUUCCCGCAAAAGAGAAGCGAAUGUCGUAGGCUUUGAGAACUUUGCCAGGUCAGGAACAGUCAACGUUGAAGAAGUUGACGACUUUGAGCAUGAACGUUUGAAAGAACGGGGGAAAAUUGGAAUGAGUCUUUUUGAGUCAAAACCAUUGACAAAGGCUUACUACUGCGAACAAUGGGUGAAUGAACAACUACACUCUGGCCGGGGGCGAGUUGAUUGCACCGCAAGCAUACCUUGUGCGCCUACCUACAAAAAGGCAAAAGAUGCAAUAAAAAACGGAAUUUGCAGAGAAUACACGUUUUCCUCUAAUACAUGUAUCACUGGUGGUUGUGGGCUACCUAUAGGCACGGAUUUAGUUGACUGCUGUUACAAGAAUUCAGGCAGAAGACGUUUAAUCAAAAACGCAAGGAGAGGUGCAGGUCGAUCUAUUUCCUAUACAGCAUGGGUGGCUUGGAACACACCUGAUAAUGAAACGAACGCGUUCAAGAAUUGUUGCUCCACAGAGAAUUAUGAUAAAAAAUCCUGUAAUUUGUUUCACAGUGUGCGUCCAAUUUGUGGGAGCGACGGUUGGAAGGAUAUCCGUGAUUGGGCGUACAUGUUUGGUGACCCUCAUUUUGUUACCCUGGAUGGUAAAAACUACACAUUCAAUGGUUGUGGAUGGUACACGUACUUUACGGGAGCAAUCCCAGGUACAAGCGGCAGUUCUCUUGUUGUCCAAGUUAGAACAACGAGAGUUGAAGACAUCAACGCCACUGUUUUUACGGGAGUUGCAAUAAAAGAGGGAAAUUCAGAGGUCGUUCAAGUUAACUUAGUGAAAACAGGUGCCCUCCAUGUCAGAGUGAAUCGCGAGCGAGUUUAUUUGCAAGAAAAUUCCACAGGAUUUGUCAGUGGCGUGUUCCUAUCUCAUUCGAAUAAAACGUUGUCAAUCAGUACGCCCUUGGGGUCAGGUUUACGAAUUAGGAAGGCGGCCAAUAACACUCUUUUGACGAUUGUAGCGGCAUUUUUACCCUCCUACAAGAAUUCGUCACUUGGAUUGAUUGGGAAAUGGAAUGACAUUCUCGAGGACGACUUCACGCUACCCAAUGGAACCGUUCUGCCCAUCGACAUGAGUGAAUCUGAAAUAUUUCAUAAAUUUGGUGAAAAAUGGAGGGUACCGCAGAACGAGACAAUAUACCAAGUCAUAGACGACAAUGACGAGAACUACGUGUGUCCAGACAAUUUUGUCGCAAUUUUCUCCGAAGAAGCCCUGGCAUCGAUUGAUGAAGAUUUAAAAAGAGAAGCCGAGAGCGUCUGUGGUAAUGACGUCACCUGUCUCUUUGAUAUCGCUGCGACUAAGCAAGUUGCCCUCGGGGUAUCGACGCUGACCGAAAGCGACGGCGCUAGAAAUGAAAUCAAAAUUGCGGUAAACAACGCUCCAGUGUUUACACAAAAUAUCACGGAGAUCAUAGUGACGCUCAACGCGACUUUUCAGCUGGAUUUAAACGCCACAGACCCAGACGGCGACAAUUUGACAUUCGACGUUCCCGAUAUACCAGAAGGAGCGAGUUUCAUUCAAUCCGGAAACAGGCUUUUUUUUACUUGGCAUGUUAUGUCCCCUGACGAGGUAAUCGUAACGUUCCUGGUGACCGAUUCGAAUGGCGCCGCCGUGAGUCUUUCGCCCAACAUUCGACUCUGUCGCUGUGUCGCUGGGGGACUGUGCACCAUUCCCGAGGCCACGUCACAAGAGACCGCUGAUAUCGAUGUCGCAUUUCUCGUCAUGACCUGCGAAUGCCCCGAUGGGCGGACGGGCGAAUUUUGUGAAGUAGAGCUGGAUUAUUGUGCUGGUGAACUGACCCCACCCUGUCACCCCUUGGUCUCGUGUUUCAACCAUCCAACAAACUUCACCUGUGGGGACUGCCCCACGGGUUAUGUUGGAGACGGAAGCCUUUGUCUUGAUAUUGAUGAGUGCGGAAGUAAUACUGAUGGCUGUGAUCAAACUUGUGGAAACACUGUCGGAUCUUAUUUUUGCGAGUGUGGUCCUGGAUACAGUUUAAAUCAGGAUAAAAGAAGCUGCGAUGAUAUCGACGAGUGUUCUCAGCCGAAUGACUGCAGUCAGCUGUGCGGCAACACCCUGGGCUCAUACAAUUGCUCUUGCAAGAUUGGUUUUAAAAUCGAUCCAGAUAACCCAACGGAAUGCGAAGCCCAAACAGAAUGCUCGUCUGGUCAUGGUUGCAAUCAGAUCUGCUACAUUGAUGUUCUUCAACCGGGGGUGCAAAAAUGUGCCUGUCGAGCAGGUUUUUCGCUUGGGGGGGAUCCGCAAACUUGCAAUGACAUAAAUGAGUGUGUAACGACAGAAACCAAUCUUUGCGAUCAACUUUGUUUUAACACUGAAGGCAGUUAUACCUGUUCUUGCAUACCCGGGUAUAGGAAAGCUGGUCAAUCGUGUACAGAUAUUGACGAGUGCUUUGAAGGGACCUUCAAUUGCACAGGUUUCGAGGAAUGUGAAAAUCUUCCGGGAAGCUACAGAUGCCUGUGUCCUAAACGGUUAAACAUGAUACGAGUAAAUGGAACGUGCGAAUUUCGAGAAGAGGACACAAAAGUGGACAUUGCCCCGGAACCGCCAAGCGCAUCAUCGAACCAGACAAAUAACGCCAUUGAAAUAACUGUGGCGAAGCUUCGGCGCGAACAUUAUACUGUGGAUGUAAACACACUCUUCAAAGAUUCCGUUGUCACAUUAGUGAACGAUUUUUGUAAUGAAAACCGUCUCAGACCUCAGGAUUGCGGAGUGGAACAGAACAAGGUAUUUUUCAGCAGUCUCAACGUGGAACGACUCCCGGGAUAUCCACAAAAUGUUGGAGAAUUUAACACAACUAUCAAGUUCUAUGUUGACUACCCGACUACGAUAAAAUCUGGUUCACUGCCGAAGGCGAUACUGGCCUCGAUUGUUUUUUCGGAAUUGGCGAAAUUUGAAAAACUUUUUAAUUAUAGCAUCACCCUGGAUACUCCGGUUACCCCAGAAGCACCACGUGACCCAAGUGACGAACAGAGAAAUAAUGCUGUGACUUUGGAAAUACUCGAUUUCACCACAGUCAAGUGGACAACUUUCUAUGAUACGGUUUUCCGUCGAUCUGUUGCCAUCAUUCUGAGCAGAUACUGUAGAGAUGAUUCUUAUUCUCGUGAGAAGGAUUGUGAAUUUACUGGGUCAGACGAAAGCUUCGAAUCUUCCCACGUCGGUCGAAUUCCUGGUUUCCCUCGAGAUGAUGGUGGGAAAGUACUUGUUUCAUUUUACGUGACCAACCCAAGUAAAUCUGCCCCGGUUCCGAAGCAAACUCUUGCAUCUAUGUUGGUUACCCAAGGCGGAGAACUCGAGAACGCUCUCAGCCAGAAAAUACAGCUCACGACAACAGCUUUCCCGGAAGAUCCACCACCAGCUUCUGAUGCUCAAAGGGAUAACAGCGUCGUCAUUCGAAUAUCUUCAAUUUCCAAAGCUCAGUGGACCUAUCUUAUCGACCGACGUUUGAGAAGGUCAAUUGCAAAUCGCACUGCCGUUUACUGUGGGAAAACACCGCAAGAUUGCGAAAUAACAGGCGGAAGUAGCGAUGCGGCCUUCAAUGAAACUAAUGUCCAGCGAACCUCGUCAUCUACUCCUUCUGAUGUUGCCAGUGUUGACUACAGUUUCUACGUCAAUUACCCAAGUAAAACCGGUGUACCAUUAGCUCAACAUAUCUUAGCCUCUGUUGUCAAAAACGAGUUGGACCCGAUGCAGGCGGAAUCUGCACUCUUUUUCUCUCUUCAAACACCGUUUGGUCCACCAAAUCCGCCUCUGGCUUCCCCUGAACAAUCCGCUAAUGCUGUCACAAUUAAAAUGCUUAAUCAAAGGGCUGCUGAGUGGAGCUCAAUCGAUGACACCAGAUUCAGAAUUUCAAUCGCAAAGCACGUUGCAGAUUACUGCUCGAAAAAUCCCGUCGUAUGUGGUUUGACAAGCGGUUCAGUGUCGUUUAACUUUUCCCAUGUGACUCGAAAUGCAAGUUCACCUGAACCAGAUGGCGAUAACUCCACUUACACUUUAUUCGUCAACUAUCCGUCUGGUAAUGGGCCAAUCCAACUCAACUUUCUUGCGGGAAUCCUGACCGAGGAACUUCGAAACAUCGAAUCAGAAACCAGCCUUAAAUUACAAGUUGAGACCUCGACUCUGGCGCCAUCACCCCCGUCAGCAUCCCAAGAACAACUUUCCAACGCUGUGACAAUGAACGUGUCAAACACCAAAGCUGACGAGUGGUCAGCCAUUCAAGACAACAGAUUCCGAGGAUACAUUGCUAAGGCGAUUGCCGACUUCUGUACAGAAAGCGAAGCGAAAACUCAAGAAUGCACACUUCCUGGCGGUGAUGCAUCUUUUACACUUCCAAACGUACAACGUGCGCCAGGAUACCCAACGCAAAACGGAACCAGCGCCGAAAUCAAAUUUUAUGUCAAUUAUCCUGGUGGAGGCGUGAUGUCUGAGGAGAUUUUGCGUAUAAUUGUUGGAGACAAACUCGAUUUCAUCAAAACUAAUUCUAAAUUAGACAUCACAUUAAUUAAAAAGCCGAUUAUUGAAGAGGGAACUUUAACACCUCCUACUCGAGAAAAUGAAGAUAAUGCAGUUUCUGUUGUUUUGAAGAAUUUCACAGUCGAAAAGUGGCCGGACCGGGAUGUCAGGUUCCUUCGUAAAAUGGCCGAAGGGAUUCAAGAAUUCUGUAACACCUCUUCCUAUCAUCUGAAACUCUGCAACAUCUCACAAGAUGAUUUGAAAAACUUCACUUCAAAGAACAUUCGAAGGCUACCAGGCUCACCAGAGCAGGAUGGACCCAAUUCAAUUCUAAAAUUUUACGCAACUCUACCAGGCGGGAAAGGCACUGUACCCAAAUCCGUCUUAGCUACCGUCUUUGUGGAGCAACAAAAUAAUAUAUUCUCAGUGGAUAGUGAACUUCAAAAUCAGGAACAGAGUAUAGGAGCUGAACAACGCGUCCUGUCGCCUGCGCAAAAACGUAACAAUGUAACGCUAUCUUUGAAGAUCCAAUUUAAGAAGUUUACGUCUUUGGCAGUAAUGGACCUUAAAGUGACUGUUGCAGAAAGAAUGACGGUAUACUGUUUCAGCACGGCUGAGAAUACCUGCAAUAUUACCAUUUCAGAAUCUUUGUCAAGAAAGAAACGCGAUGUCAGGAAUAAUAAAUUUACCGAGGACGAUGUUGAUGUGAUAACAAAUUCGGUUGCUGCCGAUGGAACUGAUACUAAAGUCAGCAUCGUGGUCAACGAACCAGGUACAACUACACCAAUCUCCUCUGCUGUCGUAGAAGAUGGACUUCAUCGGUCAUUCUCACUGGAUGAUACAUCAACCAUCUCCAGUUUAACCUUGCAAUUGGCGUCUGAUAAUGUACCAGUAGUUUCGCCAGAGCAGAAAAACCAGGCUAUCACUGUGCGCCUGUUGAACACUCAAGUUGAUAAGUGGCAGGAUUAUGAAACAUCGUUUCGGGAAAACAUGUCAAGUGCGAUAUCUCAGUUUUGUGGGAAGGAUAAUUUACGUUUGGAUUUGUGCCAACUGAAAAGUGAUGAAAUUGCUGGUAUAAAAUUAGAUAUCGUGAAGAUUCUGCCUGAUUCUCCCGUUCAGAAUGGAACUGAUUUAAUACUCUCAUUCUUUGUGGAAUUGCCAUCGGGAACGAUGCCAUUGGAUCUUUUAACAACAAUAUUUAGUUGUCCUUCUAAAAAUAUUUUAUCGCGAGCAAAUAUGAUUGUCCAAAAAAUGAUCAGCAAUCCGACUUUGAGUGAAGAAGAAAGAAAAAAUCUGAUUCCUUUAUCAAUAGGCUCAAACACAACCCAGAAUGUGAGGCUGGACGUGAAGGUUUCAAUUGCCCACGAAUUAAGAGAAUACUGUAGCAACGAUUCUGAGGCCAAACUUUGUCCAAAAUCUCGGAACUUCACAAAGGAAGACAUUCGAGUUUUCAUCCACAUUAAUAACAGCACCGUAAAUUUCGUUGCGAUCAACAAUGACACGGGGUCAGCGGUUCAAUCUCGUCUUAUACGUGGUGCAAUCGGCGGUAAAUUUGAAUCUCAGCUUUGCAAGAUACCACUUUCAAUUGAUCCUAUCGUGAUCAGCCCAGACGAUGAAGAAGAAGAAGAAGGUGAAAAGUGGCCGAUUAUUUUAGGCGGUUCACUUGGUGGUGUCUUGCUGAUAAUAUUUGUGGUAUUUUCGAUCAUACUUUGUGUCACGAACUGGAAAAAUAACCAAGCAAAAUACAAAACCGGCGGAGGCGAAAGGUGGGAAUCCACGCUUUCCCGGUAUUCAUCAGGGGGGUGGCAGUUCGAUAGAGAUUCACCCUAUCACGGAUCGUCAUAUCCUUCUGUUGAAGCAAUACCAGGAUUUGAUGAAGAUGGCUUACCCGUGGAUGUAAUGGACACAGAAAACCAACAAACGACACUUUAAUCAGCUGCUGACGUCAUCUGUAUAAUGCGCAACGCGUACCACUGAUCUGUUAAUGCACUGGAUGUAGGCAAUUACACACCUACAGAAAUCGAAACCAAAAUUAAUAGAUUUUUAGCGACCCAGUCAGAGGAAAACUUUACCCUAUGGGCGUCGCUAUCAGCACACGGCUGAAACUGAUUAACUGAACACGCUGGUCCAAAUAAGUAAAUUUCUCCGACUUGUGCAGGGUCAUAUUGUCAGCGGACAACUUAUUUAAAAUUGAGAGCGGUGCAUAAAAGCUUUUAAUUUUUUAUGCGAAGACCGCUGGAAAACUGAGCCCUCUGUACUUGGAGAAAAUUUGCAGAAUAUGAGCAACGUGGAAGCCCUAACCGUUGAAGACUCUUCCUAAGAUUCCCGUGAUGUUUUAAUACUUUUCAUUUGGUACUGAGGCCAAUAAUUCUGGCUUUAUCUUCGAUAGGUAUAGUUGCUUAAUCCUGUGUAAUAUGAGAUCAGUGACCAGCACCUUAUCAGGUCACCGCUGACCUCUAUAUAUUUAUAUAACAAAUUUGGCGGCAGUGGUUGCUGAGAAAUUUUCGAGUCGUGACUCGCAUUUGCAAAGAAGCUCUUGUGCUAAAGAUAUAAUAUUUAACAUAACCAAACUUUAGUCCUAUAAAAGUCCUUUAACCUAACCUCAAAUCUAAACUAAUCUCAAAGAUUUACAGUUAUUUGCGAGCCAGUGUUAACUGUGAAGUUUUUCCAUC